AUGGGGAUCGCCGAUAGUACCGAUGACGAGAAGAUCACAGACUGCCUUGAGAAUUAUCAGCAGAAUGCCAUUCAGUAUAGUAAUGGAAGAUACACUGCCCAGUUACCUUGGAAACAAGACCACCCUCCACUUCCCACAAACUACCAGAUUACCAAACGCAGAACCGAGAACACUAUCAGGCGACUAAGUGCAGAGCCAGAGAUACUGCAGAAGUAUGGCGAGAUCAUCGCAGAACAGGAAAGAAGAGGCUUUAUAGAGAAAGUUGACGAAGAUUCCCAGACAACAAGAGUGCACUACAUACCCCAUCACCCAGUGAAAAAGGAUUCCUCUACCACCCCCAUCAGAAUUGUGUAUGAUUGCAGCUGCCGAAAAUCCCGUGAUGAGCCGUCCCUGAAUGAUUGCCUAGAAUCAACCCCGCCCAUCCUGAACGAUUUGACUUCCCUUCUAACCCGAUUCCGGUACAACAGAUACGCAGUUACCACAGACAUUGAAAAGGCUUUUCUUCACGUGGGCCUGCACGAGAGUGACAGAGAUGUUACGAGAUUCCUAUGGCUACAGAACACUAACGAUCCCUGCAGUCCCUUGAUUACCUAUCGCUUUAAAGUUGUGCUAUUCGGCGCUACAUGUUUGCCAUUCAUGCUGAAUGCGACCCUCCUCAAGAACCUACGUUUGAACCCGAGCCUCAAAGCAGCUACCAUUAUAGAGCGAGACCUCUACGUAGACAACGUAGUAUCCAGCUUUACAAAUGAAUUAGACCUCUUGAACUACUUCUGGGAAUCCAGAACACUGAUGUACAACGCCGGCAUGAAUCUACGUUCCUGGACCUCUAACAGCGACAAUUUACGUCAUACCGCAAGUACCGUCGGCGUACUCGAUAGUGAUGAGUUUACCAAGGUCCUAGGCUUACGUUGGAAUCCCACUAGUGACAUGCUGUCAUUUCCUCCAAGAGUUAUUCCCCAACUUGACAAAGUGACAAAGAGAGCAGUCUUGAAGUAUACAUCCAGAAUUUAUGAUCCACUAGGCCUGCUUAGCCCUGUAACCAUCAGAACCAAGAUUCUACUACAAGAUCUAUGGAAGAAGAGUUAUGACUGA